AUGGCUAUAAUGUGGAAUAUUCAAGGAAGGAAAUUGUUUGAAGUUGCUCGUGAUUUAAAGAAACCAAUUUUCUUUGUUGCUGUCAUUCCUUCCUUAACUUUUGACAUGCUAAAAUUGUGGCGUUUCCCAAUUUACUAUUCUGAAAUGCCUGUACAAGGUGCUUCAGUUCUUCAAUAUACAUUUUUCAUCACAAAUGAGGCAGACACAGUAACAUUAUCAACUGUAGAAUGGUAUAGUCCAUAUGGAUGUAAUAGACCACAUUUCAUUAAGCUCAAUAGCUUCAAUAAGGAAACUCAAAAAUGGAACAAAAAACUUCAAAAUUAUGAAAAAUUUCUCGAGUAUCACAAUUGUGAAUUGGUCAUGAUGAUUCCAAUCCAGGAUAUUGAUAGAACAAUUCAAUAUACAUCUGGAUAUGCUUACAUUGAAAAUCUCUUUGGUGAAAGUCAGUACACAAUCUAUGGAAUCACACCAGUUAUUUUCAAUAUUGCAUCAAAACUUCAUAAUUUUUCUGUAUAUUUUCAACUUGUCAUUAUGGAACCAAAUUGGAUAAAGUCUAUCCAAAAUGACGUGCGAGUUUUUAAAGUAAAUGGCAUUGUAAAGUCACCAAAUGUAUUUUUUCAAAUUUCCCCACUUGCUGAAUUUACACAUCAUAUAACUGUUACUAAAGUAGUGGCAAAUUUAGAUGUUUUAAUGUAUGUCACUCCAUCUGAAAAAUAUACAGCAUAUGAAAAAUUCAUUUUACCGUUUGACCUUUAUACGUGGAUCUUAAUAUUUGUUACAUUUUUAAUGACAUUCGUCACAAUUUUCAUUAUUAAUCGACUGUCAAAGUCAACUCAGAACCUUGUUUAUGGACAUGCGAUUGAGACACCAAUUUGGAAUGUCAUUAGUAUAUUUUUUGGAAUCUCACAGACGCAAUUACCAAACAAAAACUUCUCAAGAUUUAUUUUGAUGAUUUUUAUUUAUUUUUGUUUGAUUUUCCGGACAUGCUUUCAAAGUAAAUUUUUUGAGUUCAUGACAAGUGAGCCAAGACGUCCUCCACCAAAGACAUUUAGCGAUUUGAUCGAUAGAAACUACAAUGUUUAUGCAAUAAAAUCACUAACACAAGUGACUGAAGGAAGCAACGGAUUUGAAAGAUGGCCCAACAUCACCACAUUAAGCUCAGUAGAUUACUUUGAAGCAUUUAUGACACAAUCGCAAAACUCUACAGCAAGAAUGGCACUUUCUGUUGAUGAAUUUUAUAUAAAUUUCUACCUAAAAUUGAAAAUACAACCAGACCAAAAAUGGAUUAAGUUAGACACUGUAGUAGCUAGUGCUUAUGAUGCAUUCAUAUUUAUUGGUCCUGUAUUUUAUUUCCGAAUGUUUAACAAAAUAAUCGAUGAUUUGAUCCCAACUGGAGUUAUGAAUCAUCUUAUUGAAAAAUAUUAUACCAAAAAAUUUAGAAUAGUUCACAUUGAUGACAAGAUUCCAAAAGUUUUUACUUUUGAUGAUCUUUCAUUUGGAUUUUAUAUUUGGCUUGGAUUUUGUCUCAUCUCAUUUAUUGGAUUUAUUGCUGAACAUAUUUACAUGCUUUUCAAGCCAAAGAAAAGAAUAAAUGCAAAAGUACAUGCAGAAUUGAAAGACUCAACCGAGCCUGUUGUAAAACUAAGUCCAGAGUUAAUUGAAAAGUUCAGAAUUAAAAACUAUUUGCAGAAUGAUGAAUCAGGAAUAUCAACAGAAAGUUUAGCUGACACUUAG